GGCUCCCCCCGAGCUGCCAAGCUGCGUUGCGCGUGGGGGAGGUGCUGAGCAAACGCGCUAGUGUAAUGUAUACGGUAUGUAUAUGAGCGGCUGGCUGGUUGGGGAGCUGCUCGCGCCGGUUUAGGCCGGUCCUCUCCUGCUCUAGUCUGGUCUGUGAUUGACAGCUCAGCACUUGUUUACCACAGCUUUGCUGCUGCUGAGACUCAAUGGGAGUGCUGAGCUGGCAGAAAGGAAGAGAAGGAGAGAAACUUCAGUGCCAGGAAAUGAUUAAAAAAUAGAAAAGGCUAAAGACUAAAAUGCCCUUGUGAAAACCUAGGAUGCAGUUUCCGUGACAUUGCAUGCUGGAGAUGUGCAUAAAUCUCCCUUAGGAGGUGUAAAUUAUCUGAUCCUGUAGAUAUGUAUCAGAGGGGCAGCCCUGUUAGUCUGGAUCUAAAAAGCAGCAAAGAGUCCUUCAUCAGACCAGGCAGGUAUUCACCCACGAAAGCUCAUGCUCCAGUACUUACAUUAGUCUGUAAGGUGCUACAGGACUGUCCUUUUGUAGAUAUUAUGCCUCUUUCAUAUAAGUUGUGGUAAAGAAGUCAAGAGUGCAGCACACUUUGGGGGAGCAGAGGUGUGAAGGACGAGAACAAAACUCCCUUUUUCUGCCCCUUUUUUUUGGGGGGGGGAGCUCUCAAUCAGGCUGUGGUGAAUACAGAUAUACCCAUCAACCCACUUAAUUUGCGUUCAAGUAUUUAUUAUUUAACAUAGACUUCCCUCAAAAUGGAAAUUUUGACUGUUUCUCAAGUUUUAUAGUUCACGGUAAAAUACAGUUUGCUAGGAUUCCAGUGUAACAUCAAAAAAUCACAGAUAAGAACAAGGAAGGUCAACUUUUCUAGACCUUGAAAAACUCUGAUCCUCCCUGAAUACCUAUCUAAAGUGUAAAACACUUGAGAUGGAUUAGCUUUAAACAAGGCUGAUUUUUUUGUAGUAGCUAGCCACCCUUCCACACCCUUUGAUUUUGCAAGUACUUCCCACAUCUUUUUACAGAACAGGAUUUUAUCUAAUUUCUGACGUCUGUUGCUAGGUAGGAAAUAAAAGGAAGAUGAAUUGCUAAAUUCAAUCUUCUGGUGCAGACUCCGUAAUGAUGACAAUUCUGAAGAAGGCCUCAACACUAUUCAUUCAGGAAGGCAUGAAUAUGCAUUCAGCUUUGAGCUUCCACAGACUCACCCCAAGCAGGCACAAAAGAAAAGACUCUCUGUUGUUGGUUUUGUACCUCAGGCCCAAUAUCCUUAAGUGCCAAAAUUGAAAGGAAGGGCUACACCCCAGGUGAAUCAAUUCAGAUCUUUGCUGAGAUUGAAAACUGCUCUUCCCGUAUGGUGGUGCCAAAGGCAGCCAUUUAUCAAACCCAGGCAUUCUAUGCCAAAGGAAAAAUGAAGGAAGUAAAACAGCUUGUUGCCAACUUGCGUGGGGAAUCCCUGUCAUCUGGGAAAACAGAAACCUGGAAUGGGAAACAGUUGAAAAUUCCACCUGUUUCCCCCUCUAUCCUUGACUGUAGUAUAAUCCGUGUAGAAUACUCACUGAUGGUGUAUGUUGAUAUUCCUGGAGCAAUGGAUUUAUUCCUUAAUUUACCACUUGUCAUUGGUACUAUUCCUCUACAUCCAUUUGGCAGCAGAACGUCAAGUGUAAGCAGUCAGUGUAGCAUGAAUAUGAACUGGCUUGGUCUGCCACUGCCUGAAAGACCUGAAGCACCUCCUAGCUAUGCAGAAGUGGUCACAGAGGAGCAAAGGCAGUCCAGCCUUGUACCCAUAGCUGCUUGUGAUGAUUUUGAGAGGGCACUUCAAGGACCAUUAUUUGCAUAUAUCCAGGAGUUUCGUUUUCUGCCUCCACCUCUCUAUUCAGAGAUUGAUCCAAAUCCAGAUCAGCCCACAGAUGACAGACCAUCUUGUCCCUCUCGUUGAAGGAAUCAUUCACUAACUGACUUGAUUUGGAUUUUUAGUCGUAUCUCUGCCGUGUUGAGGAUCAAGGCAUCAUAUCAGAGAUAUACUUUCAAAGGAAGUGGUAUUGCUCUUGCCUGUAAAACGGUGAAUAAGUGAAAACAACCUGUGAUCAUGCUUUUGAAGCCUACAACAUCAUAGGACUGCUCCACAUGCUUGAAGACCUGAACUUUUUUCCCUUAAAUACUGGCACAUACUAGGAGCAGCCUUAUUAGCCUAUGUUAAUAUGUGUCAAAACACUCACCAUGUUGUAAAAGAGGGAUGAGGACAUCCUCUUCUGAUUUGAAAAUUUGCACAUGCACAUUGCUUAUGUUGUGCGGUUCAGUGUCACUACAGCUUUUUCUCAUUUAUGCUGGACUGUUACCCCUUCUAACUUGUUUGUGGUCCGCACAACAAGGAGCAAAAAGAAAGCUUUGAAAAAACAGUAACUUUAAAAUGACAAAUGCACUGACUUUUUUUUCUUUUAAUUUAAUGUAGCUUGGACUUUACCUAUGUAUGCACAUGCUCAGAAUUGUCCUAGUAGACUGAUCAUGUAUCACCUCUUCAGCUGUGGAUUUAUUUACGAACAUCAAAUGCCUUCAAGCCAAUCCUUCUUGCUGUAUGUUUUGCAGCCUACUCUAGUAGAUACGCAACAGUUAUAUGGAAAAAAAUUAACAGGAGAAUAAUAGACUUCUGCAAGAUUGUAUACCUUCUUGAUUUCUUUUAAGAAUUUGUUGCCUUUCUACUAUUACCGCAAAGAAGCAUUUUGUUACAGACUGCCUAAAAUCACUUAAUCUCAGGUGAACUCAUCACUUGCCAAACCGUUGGAAAGCUAUGUGUGUUUUGUUAUGUUGCACUGUUACUUUUUCGCUGUUUUUCUUUUUUUUUCCUUUUGGUUUUUAUUUGAAAGGGGGAUUUAGAAAAGGGACAUACCCAUAAGUAACAAAUGCACCCUCCUUCCCUUUUUAUCUUUUUGCAACUUCAGAAGAGAUCGGUCAAGUUUUGAAGCUUAAAAGAAGGCAGCCCCAGCAGACACCAGCCAAGGGUUUUAAACAAGAAAUAGUAAUGUACUGUUCAUGAUUCAUCAUGAGGUGGAAAGGGAAAUUGAAUUUAUUUUUAUACAUAGUUACUUAAUCACCAAAUCUAUACAUACAUAGUGAGUUUCUAGUCUAAAAGUAUAUUUUAAAGUGCAAGAAGAGUAUAGGGUUGGUGAAAUGGCUGUUUGUGUACUUUGUUGAUCUUCAGCAUUUACAAAAUUGUAAAACAAUAAAAGAUUCUCACAAAAAUGAAACUCGGCCAGAAUAGCAAAAUUACCAGCCCUAUUAGAAUAUUAGCUAGCAGAGAUUUGUCUUGAUGAUUGAUUCCCUUUCAUGCCCUUGAACUAAAAGGAUGUAUCCAAGCAAAAAAAUUGUAACUGUACUGCCACAUAUGUAGAAAACUUCAAGUACUUGAAGACUGGGGGCUUCCACCCUGCACAUUGUGGAAGGGGUAAACUGUUAGAGUGUUUGGGACAGGUGCAUGGGGGCAGGGAACCAUUGGAUCCAUUAGCACAAGUAUCAGGAUGUAGGCAUUAGGAAUUUUAUAGGUUCAUUUGCAAAAGCUGUUCAUGUAUAAACUUUUUUUCAGAAAGAAUUCAAGUACGAUUUUUAACAAAAAUAGUGUUUCUUGGGUUGGCUAUUUAACAUUCAUGUCUAUUUUGUCAUUUAAUGCCAUUGUGUUACAAAGUGGUUGAAAAUAAAAGUUAAGUCUCUGGCAUGGUGGAAUGCCGUCUUGCUUUUAAGGCUUCAUAAAAAACAAAAUAGGCUUUUCCAUAAGUGGCCUUUAUGAAAACAUGGAAGACACUUCAUGUUUAAAAAUGACAGGGUGAAAAAAACCCAGUGUAAAUACGAGUCGCGUUUUAAGUGAUUCAGUUAAAGGGUUUGGGCUUCAGCAAGCAAACUAAUAUGCUGGAUAAUAAGGAAGCUGGGUGAAUUUUUUUUUUUAAUUUUACUAGACCAUUUUUUGAAUGUCCCUCCCCCACAAAAAGGAAAAAAAAACUGAUGGGUUUGUUGGCAUAAAAGGGCAUUUGGUGGUUUUUUUCCUUUUUCUUUAUUUUUUUUCCUCUUUUGUUUGUUUGAAACAGACUAGGGAACAAUUGUUGGAUAUGCAUAGCAUUAAAUACUUAUCACAAUAUAAUGAAAAAUGACAUACGAAGCAGGAUUGACCAAUAUCAUCAUAAUUGGCACUGCAUCACAAAGUGUGAUCAGAUUCAGAGUUCUAAAAAUGUUGUCAAAUAGUAAUUUCCAUUAAAGUAUUUUACACAAUUCUUUAGAGGCAUUAUUUUUUCUUGUUUAUAUAAAUAUUGGUCAAUUCCUGAUGUUAUGAAACGUGAGCAUCACAGUUGUUAGCCCAGUAUUCAAGCUAGAUUCCUGAUUUUUUUGAAUUAGGAAAAAAGAGUAAAAUCCAAAAUGUUAAGAGAAACUAAGUGCAAUAUUAAAUGUUUGCUUUAUGGUUUAUAUUCUAUGGCUGUUUGUAUUUUUUUUUCCUCCUCCCCCCAGUUUGGUGCUGAAUAUGUCCUUGUAGACUGAUUUCAGAAAAAGUGGAAAACAAUUUCCUAUUGCUCUUCCUUGUGAAAAAUAAACUUUUUUUUUUAACAAAAAA